GCGAGACCGGCGGGGCGGGAGCGCUCCUGUUGCUCCGGGGCUGGAACCAACCCCGGCGGGGCCGAGCGCUGACAGCGGCCGGGCCCGGCCCGUGCCCGCGGCCCCCCGCGAUGGCACUGUGCGGGUUUGGGCGCUAAAGCAGCAGCGCGGUGAUUUCUGUCCCCCCCCCGGGCCGGGGCAGCCGUGCCCCGCGCUGGGUGCUCGGGCGGCCCGGGGUGUUCUGGUGCGGAAAGUCAGAACUGUAUUGCAGGAAGUGGAAAAAAACGCCAAACCAACCCCAGAAACAAAACAGGCAGCGAAACUCAGAUAUUGUCGAUUGCGGUCGUCAGAGUUGGUUAGCAAAGGUCAUCUCGGUGUAAAUCCUGGGGGUGGAUCUGGAUUUGUUGGAGUGGCAUAUCCGAAAAGUGGAUGUUCAGGAUAACAUGUCCAAUGUGUCGGAAGAGAGAAGCACUAGACAACAGGACAUUAAGAAAGGACUCCAGUUUAUAGAGUCUACUUUGCCCUAUCCAGGGACGCAAGAACAAUAUGAGUUAUUUAUACGAGACCUCGUUAGAAACCUUUUUAAUGAAGGAAAUGACGUGUACCGGGAGGGUGAUUGGAGGGGAUCACUGAGCCAUUAUACAGAAGCUAUAAACAUUGCUGAUUAUGCUAAUUCUGAAGAAAUCCACGUUUCUGAUGACGUUUUAGAGAAGCUGCACGUGAACAGGAUAGCGUGUUUUUCAAACAUGGGAUUGCAUGAAAAAGUUCUAGAAGACUGUGAGAUAGCAUUAAGAUUGAAUGAAAACAAUUUCAGAGCUCUCUAUAGGAAAGCAAAAGCUUUGAAUGAGCUGGGAAGGUAUAAGAAGGCUUAUGAUGCUGUAGCAAAAUGUUCUCUUGCUGUGCCACAGGAUGAAAGUGUGAUUAAGCUUACCCAAGAACUAGCUCAAAAACUAGGGUUAAAAAUAAGGAAAGCAUAUGUAAGAGCAAAGCCACCCUCCUCAAAUUCAGUUUCUAAUGAUUUAUCAACUCAGAAUUCUUCUGUAGAAGAUAUUGAGUUGGAUUUAUCUGACCAGAAGCAAGAGAUGGUUUCUGCUGCUUCUUCAUCAAACUUUGUUUCUGAAGUGUCUAAAGUAUCACCAGUUCCUGUACCAUCUCUAUCUGCUGUUAUGCCUCUUCAAAUGGAAAAGGUCCCUUUGCCUUCUGCAGUGUUGGCAAAUGGAGGGAAUGUUUCUUUCCCUAUGCCAGAAGCAUGUUUAGAUUGUGGAGAUGGAGAUAUAAUUAUUGGGGAAGAACUUGAUGAAUUACUUGAUUCUGUGCCUGAUCCAGAUGACAGUGUAAUGCAAACUACAGGAGCCAGAGGACCUAUUCCUGCAGGGAGUGUAGCUCCUAGUGUUCCAUUCUCUGCCUCUUUGCUGGGGACGCUGCCAGUUAGUGCAGGAUUUGUUCCUUCACCUUCUCUUUCAGAAAUCUUUUCACAGCCUUUGGCUUCUUCGCUGGAAAACUUUUGUUCACCUUUAAGCACCUUUUCAAUCAGUGACCCAAAAAGAGGUAAGAAACAAGCCUUAAUUUUUAACCUUCUAUGAUGAGAGUUGUGCACGAGCCAACUGGCUUUUCUUUUUAACAAAUGAGCUUUCACAACUAUUCAGUAGUGUUUAACACUUAACAUAACAUUUCAUCUCUGCUAACAGUUUUUGAGUGUUGGUUUUACACCAGAAUUUAUAAAUAAAACUUUUGUUUCUUUGGGGUCUGUGUAAGCAUGGUCCAAGCUCCCUCUGUUCAGUUUUUCUAUAUCUGUUGUAUAACUUUAUUUGUUUCAGGUGAAUGAGUUUAAAGAAGAAAGAGUAUUCUUUCAAACAUUUUUUUUUUUAAACAAAGGUGUUCUUGCAGCUUAAACCUUUUGUCAUGAUUUGGCAAUAAACAAGAGUUACAAAAAAGGUAAUACAGCUAUAUGUACUCUGAAAAGAUACCAGAUUCAAACCAUAAGGACUAUAAUUAUGUAGUGAAAUCAGGUAUGUGAAAUAAGAUAUAAAUAGUCAGUGAACUAGAAAAUAUAAAAUAGAGUUUUGUCUCUAAUUACCAGUGUUACAGGAUCAUGUUGUCUUUAGAAAGAAGCCAGAGUUACAA